AUGCACCUCGACGCCGUCCGGCUACUCCUCCAGCACGGGGCGAACGCCAAUGCCCAGGGUGGAAAGUACGGUACCGCACUGCAGGCGCUCUGCUCCAGCGAAGAGUACCACUGGGAUAGUGACGGGGUCCAGUCUCUGGAGCUGCUGGUCGCUCAUGGAGCGGAUGUCUCCAUCCGUGGCGGGCAAUAUGGUUCCGCACUGCGAGCUGCAAAGUUUAAUAACGCUGGCUUUGUACAUUUCUUACUCCUUCAUGGUGCUACGGACAGCGAUAUGGAGGAGGACGGGCCCUGUUACGACGCGCUAAACAGCGAUACGGAGGUGGAUUGA